AAAUAACUCUUCUUUCCUACUAUGCAAACCCUUCGUCGUCUCGCACAUUGUACACCGCGUCGUUCGCCUCAAUUUCGAUAUUUCACCAACGGCCCAUCAUCGUCAAACAUUCCAUGGUUCAUCAACCAAGAGACCCCCAUCCCGAAGCCACAGGUGUCCGGUUCUGCUCCCCCAAUCCCAUCCGAUGUUCCAGAGCCUGUGAGAGAGCUCUAUUCAAAGCUUGCGCCUCUGCCCCAUCUCGAUUCAUCCUUUUUGACCGUCGAGAGACCUACAUUACCCAGCCCCGGGCCGCCUCUUCCUCACCGGUUACCCCAAGGACGGAGGAGACGCGGAGGAACACAUGCUGGCGAGUCUAUGUAUGAUAUGCCUUAUGGCCUAUGGAGUUGGGUCGUCAUUGCUCAGGUGAAAGAAGGGACAGAGAACAGAGGUGCAAUCGAAUCGGUGGUUCGUGUCGUAAGAAAGACGUUGCUUGAAGUGAAACCUCCCCUGCCCAUACCACCAAAUCUCAAGGGAAGAAUGCUGAACGAAUGGGCCAUGAUUGAUGCUGGCGAUUUCGCUGUUCAUGUACUCAGCCGGACCGUUCGAGAAAGAUACUUUUCGAGCAUGGAUAAACCAUAUUACCACUAA